UGACAAGUUUUAAAUUGAAUCCACAGGGGAGAUCCUCUUCCACCCAGCCUUUUCCUCUGGCCCCCCACYUCCACCAUCGCGGUGUGUGUUUCCCCUUCUUUCCCCUUCCUUGCCUCCCCUCCUCCUCCUCUUCCCUCCCUGCAAAGAGCCCCGCGAUCUCUCCUUUUCCUUCUCCUUCUCCUCCUUCCAUUGAUGUGCAUGCAACCAUCUUUCCCAGGCCUGGCUCUUUCUCCCUCUGGCAGCAGCAGCAGCCGCAGCAGCAGCAGCAAGGGAGAGAGGCAGCAGCCCUUUAAACAUGUCUGCCUGGAAAUAAAGGCACCCUGGCCAGGAUCAGCCCCUUCCCCGGGUUUGGCAACGAGCUGGUGCCUUGCCCAAGGCUACUACUCACUCCUGCUACUACUACCAGCAGCAGCAACAGCAGUGGGGCCUGGCUGCUGCAUCUCUUUGUACGCUGGAGCAUAAAACACAACAGAAAAAAGAAAAGUGCUGUCCAUAAUCUGUCUGCAGCUCUGCCUCCCUUCCUGGCUGCUGGGCCAAAAAAAAGAGGCGAGAAGUGCAAUCACGCUACAGACUCACACAGCUUUCCAGCCAGGUUCUGGGAGGCCUAUUGAUUGGGGCUGCCUUUAACCUUUUCAGGUUUUCAGUGGCUAUGCGUCUGUGGAAGUAUAGCUGACCAUUGGCAUUACCAAAAAAAACAUCUUCCACAGGUCAAGGUAUAGAAGAUUUACUUCUAAACAAUUAACGUGACCAUGGGAGAUAUGAAGACUCCAGAUUUUGAUGACCUUCUUGCAGCAUUUGACAUUCCAGAUAUGGUUGACCCCAAAGCUGCUAUUGAAUCUGGACAUGAUGAUCAUGAAAGCCACAUAAAACAGAAUGUGCAUCCUGAUGAUGAUUCUCAUGCACCUUCAUCAUCUGAUGUUGGUGUAAGUGUCAUUGUAAAAAAUGUACGGACUAUCGAUUCUUCUGAAGGAGCAGAGAAAGAUGGCCACCAUUCCACAGGAAAUGGUUUACAUAAUGGUUUCUUAACUGUAUCAGCUCUAGAAGGAUAUAAUAAAGAAGAAGGCAAGUCUCUCAAAGAUGAGGGUUCAGUUUCAGAGACUACACUCAAAGAGUCAACUUUCAGCCAGUUUAGCCCCAUCUCAAGUGCAGAAGAAUUUGAUGAUGAUGAAAAAAUUGAGGUUGAUGACCCUCCAGAUAAGGAAGAGAUGCGUGGAAACUUCAGAGCUAAUGUAUUAACUGGGUCUCUCUCUCAGCAUGAUUUUGAAAAGUUAAAAGUGCUUGGAGGAGAGAACCUGAUGAAGCCUGGAGUUGCAAGUUCGGGUAAUGCUGAUAAAAACAAGGUUCUUAAAAGAGACUCUGAAGCAAACUCUACAUCUUUAGGUAUGUAUGAACCCUUUAAAGCAAGAAAACUAGAUGAUAAACUGCUUAAAGAUAGUCCAGAAAAACCACUUGAAAAUAGAGUGCUGGAUGGAAAAAUAGGCACUGAAAAGGGGGACACAAAUCUUACCAGUGUUUCACAGUCUAAAGCAAAAUCAUCCUCAAAACUCUCCUCGUGUAUUGCUGCAAUUGCUGCGCUUAGUGCUAAAAAAGCAGCAACGGACAUUGUUAGAGACCCACAGUCAAAUUCGAGAGAACCGUCACCCUUACCGAAAGAUAUAAGUGAAAGUCCUAGGGCCAUUGAUAAAUCACCUGAAUCUCAGAGUCUCAUUGACUGCACUAAAAAAUCAUCCAUGAAGCAACCAGAUAGUCCCAGAAGUAUAUCAAGUGAGAACAGUAGUAAAGGGUCUCCACAGUCACCUGCAGGCUCAACACCAGCAAUUCCAAAAGUUCGCAUAAAAACUAUCAAAACAUCAUCUGGGGAAAUCAAACGAACAGUUACAAGAGUGUUGCCAGAAAUUGAUUUGGAUGGCAAUAGAAAGCUAGAGCAAACAGCUUCCAUGGUGGCUUCCGUAACAUCAUUGUUGUCUUCUCCAACUUCUGCUGCUGUCCUGUCUUCUCCCCCAAGAGCACCACUCCAGUCAACGGUGGUCGCCAAUGCAGUUACUUCUGCAGAGCUCGCUCCAAAACAGGUCACCAUUAAACCUGUGGCUACUGCUUUUCUUCCGGUAUCAGCUGUUAAGACAGCAGGAUCCCAGGUUAUCAACCUGAAGCUUGCUAACAACACCACAGUGAAGGCCACAGUGAUAUCUGCAGCAUCGGUGCAAAGUGCCAGCAGUGCCAUUAUCAAAGCGGCCAAUGCUAUACAGCAGCAGACUGUUGUGGUGCCAGCAUCCAGCCUUGCCAGUGCAAAACUUGUGCCAAAGACUGUCCAUCUUGCCAACCUUAAUCUACUGCCUCAAAGUGCUCAGACCACCUCUGAACUCCGCCAAGUGCUCACCAAACCUCAGCAACAGAUCAAGCAGGCAAUAAUUUCUGCUGCAGCUUCACAGCCAUCAAAAAAAGUAUCCCGAGUCCAGGUGGUCUCAUCUCUACAGAGCUCUGUUGUCGAAGCUUUCAACAAGGUGCUCAGCAGUGUUAACCCUGUCCCCAUUUACAUCCCAAACCUUAGUCCUCCUGCAAACGCCGGCAUCACUUUACCCACACGUGGUUAUAAGUGUUUGGAGUGUGGGGACUCAUUUGCUCUUGAGAAGAGUCUGGCACAGCAUUACGAUAGAAGAAGCGUGCGCAUUGAAGUUACCUGCAAUCACUGCACAAAGAAUCUUGUUUUCUACAACAAGUGCAGCCUUCUCUCUCAUGCACGGGGACACAAAGAGAAAGGGGUGGUAAUGCAGUGUUCCCAUUUGAUUUUGAAACCAGUUCCAACAGAUCAAAUGAUAUCUUCUUCUACAGGUAAUACUUCCGUUACAGCAUCCAUUCUUCAGAGCUCCAUUAUGGGCUCUCACUCUAUAACAAAGAUACAGUCUGGCAUAACUGGGACAGUCAUAUCGGCUCCCCCAAGUACUCCUGUUCCUCCAGCAAUGCCUCUAGAUGAAGACUCAUCAAAGCUAUGCAGGCAUAGCCUCAAGUGUUUGGAAUGUAAUGAAGUUUUCCAAGAUGAGACAGCUCUAGCGACACACUACCAGCAGGCCGCGGAUUCAAGUGGACAAAAGACCUGCAGUAUAUGCCAGAUGUUGCUUCCAAACCCCUGCAGUUUUGCAUCGCAUCAGAGAAUUCAUCAGCAUAAAUCUCCAUACACUUGUCCUGAAUGUGGUGCAAUAUGUCGGUCGGUGCACUUCCAGACCCAUGUCACAAAGAACUGCCUCCAUUACACUCGAAGAGUUGGCUUUCGCUGUGUCCAUUGUAAUGUAGUCUACUCGGAUGUGGCUGCUCUCAAAUCUCACAUUCAAGGUUCUCACUGUGAAGUCUUCUACAAGUGUCCAAUUUGUCCCAUGGCGUUCAAGUCAGCACCGAGUACACAUUCCCACGCCUAUACGCAACACCCUGGGAUCAAGAUCGGGGAACCCAAAAUCAUAUACAAGUGUUCUAUGUGUGACACAGUGUUUACCCUGCAACCUUUGCUAUAUCGCCACUUUGAUCAGCACAUUGAAAACCAGAAGGUGUCUGUCUUCAAGUGUCCAGAUUGCUCUCUUUUAUAUGCACAGAAACAACUUAUGAUGGACCAUAUCAAGUCUAUGCAUGGGACAUUGAAAAGUGUUGAAGGGCCACCAAACCUGGGUAUCAAUUUGCCACUGAGCACGAAGCCCACCACACAGAACUCAGUCAGCCACAACAAAGAGGACUCCAAGUCUGUUAAUGGAACAGAAAAAACAGAGAAGAAGUCUCCCUCUCCUGUGAAGAAGGCAGAUCCCAAAAAAGUACCCAACCCUGGCUGGACGUGCUGGGAAUGUGAUCGGCUGUUUACCCAGAGAGAUGUUUACAUAUCGCACAUGAGGAAAGAACACGGAAAGCAAAUGAAGAAACAUCCUUGUCGACAGUGUGACAAAUCUUUCAGUUCAUCACACAGCCUUUGCCGCCACAAUCGAAUCAAGCACAAAGGCAUUCGGAAAGUUUACACCUGCUCGCAUUGUCCAGAUUCAAAACGUACUUUUAGCAAGCGAUUGAUGUUGGAAAAACACAUACAGUUGAUGCAUGGCAUUAAGGAGCCUGAUGUGAAAGAGAUGGCAGAAUCAGCCAACAUAGGAGAAAGUGCAGUGAAAGAAGAUGCCAAGGUUCCCAGUCCAAAGCGUAAACUGGAGGAGCCUGUGCUGGAAUUCAGGCCCCCUCGAGGUGCCAUCACUCAACCGCUAAAGAAAUUGAAGAUCAACGUUUUCAAAGUUCACAAAUGUGCGGUGUGCGGCUUUACAACAGAGAACCUUCUUCAGUUCCACGAACAUAUUCCCCAGCACAAGUCUGAUGGCUCGUCUUACCAAUGUCGGGAAUGUGGUCUCUGUUAUACCUCCCAUGUAUCUCUCUCCAGGCACCUCUUCAUUGUGCAUAAGCUGAAGGAGCCACAGCCGGUCUCGAAACAGAACGGAUCUGGGGAAAACAGUCAGCAAGAGAACAAGCUCAGCCAUGAAGAGGCGUCCCUAGACAAUGCCGUAUCUGACAGGAAGUGCAAAGUUUGUGCAAAGACCUUUGAAACUGAAGCUGCCUUAAACACCCACAUGAGGACACAUGGGAUGGCCUUUAUUAAAUCCAAACGAAUGAGUUCAGCUGAAAAAUGACUCUUCCAUCCCAUACGUGUUUUCCAAAAGCAAAAAAGCCUCACUACAGUUGGUCCUCCACAUUUGCGGGUUUAAAUUUUCCAAAUUUGAUUAUUUGCAGAUUUGGUUAAUAUGUUCUCUCUAGAGAUCUCUAGAUCCUCCAGCGUGCCUAUAGAAUUGCACUGGAGAACCUAGAUAUUGCUAGAGAGAACACUUCUUUAGGCAUUUGUACGUCCUCCAUCAUGAUUCUGUGGUCGACUUCCAGGAGGACCUAGAGAUUCCUAAAGUGGUGUUCUCUCAGGUUUUAAAAGUAGGGUUUUUAGGAACAGUUUUCCCACUUUCACAGGGGUCUUGUGCCCCUAACCCCAGCGAAUG